UCCUUUUUUUUUUUAACCGGCUGGGACCAUGGAGGUUGUCGAAGAGAAGAAGAAGAAGGUUCCUGCUGUGCCAGAGACCCUGAAGAAAAAGCGACGGAAUUUCGCAGAACUAAAGAUCAAGCGCCUGAGAAAGAAGUUUGCCCAAAAGAUGCUUCAAAAAGCAAGGAGGAAGCUUAUCUAUGAAAAAGCCAAGCACUAUCACAAGGAAUAUAGGCAGAUGUACAGAACUGAGAUUCGAAUGGCUAGGAUGGCAAGAAAAGCGGGCAACUUCUAUGUACCUGGUGAGCCCAAGCUGGCAUUUGUUAUCAGGAUCAGAGGUAUCAAUGGUGUGAGCCCAAAGGUUCGAAAGGUGUUGCAGCUUCUUCGCCUUCGCCAAAUCUUCAAUGGCACCUUUGUUAAGCUCAACAAGGCUUCAAUUAACAUGUUGAGGAUUGUGGAACCAUAUAUUGCAUGGGGGUACCCAAACUUGAAGUCAGUGAAUGAACUGAUCUACAAGCGUGGAUAUGGCAAAAUCAAUAAGAAACGAAUUGCCCUGACAGAUAACACAUUGAUUGCACGUUCUCUUGGUAAAUAUGGGAUCAUCUGCAUGGAGGAUCUGAUUCAUGAGAUCUACACCGUUGGGAAACGUUUCAAAGAAGCAAAUAACUUCCUGUGGCCCUUCAAAUUAUCUUCUCCUCGUGGUGGGAUGAAGAAAAAAACCACCCAUUUUGUAGAAGGUGGAGAUGCUGGCAACAGGGAAGACCAGAUCAACAGGCUUAUUAGAAGGAUGAACUAAGGUAUCUACCAUGAUUAUUUUUGUAAUCUGGUCAGCUAAUAAAACAGUGAACGUUCUCAAAUUGAAAU